AUGGUGUAUCAUAUAAUUGAUAAUAUUUCCAACGACAGUGUUGCCGAGAUCGGACUUUACUAUCGUAACGCCGUUUUGAUUGGAUCAACACUAUACAUACUCGUUCUUUCUAUCGAAAAUCCGACGGCGUGGACUAUAGAUCUAAACGACAAAAAUCCUAAGUGGAUCAGCGUUUCUAUGAAAGUAUCUGAUUCAUACGGACCUGUCAAAUAUCCGGAAACAUCAUCAAGCCUGAACAAAAUAUAUAUCCAUGGUGGAAUAGAUCUGCUCAGUGGAAAACCAACGAACACUUUGUACGAGUUUGACGUACGCGAUCGGUUUACGGUGGUCAAUGUUGCUGACGAUGGUCCGUAUGAUAGUAAAGAUUUUGCAACGUACAACCUUGCAAAUGGCAUUUGGACAAUUCACGAUCAAAUACCCAAUCUUCUAUAUGCGAGAUCCUUGCAUUGCACGUUGAAAGCCCGCAGUAGACUUUAUAUUUACGGAGGCCAGCGGAUAGUCUCGAAAGAAAAAACUGAACUGCAUACCGAUAGCCAUGUGUGGACGUAUGACAUACAAAAUCAUAGUAUCUCUUCGACAGUUUAUUCAUGGACACCGCUGAAACUUCCACCUGAAUGGGUUUUCACCUCCGGACAGAAACAAAGCCCUGGCCGACGGGUUGGUACCGCAAUGUUUUGCAUAAGGAAUCGCAUCGCUAUAAUUGGUGGUGUUGUUGGUGACAAUUGGGAGAAAAGCGAAAUCGAAAAUUUGAAGAUAUUUUCACCUUUGAAAAAAUCUUGGUGUCAUAUUCGAAUCCAGGGUUUACCACGCAUGAGUUGUGUUGCGUUCGUUGGUAACUGGUCUGGUUGCAUAAGAAAGGCUUUUCUUAUUGGCGAUGAUGCAAAAAACGGGAAAGACAACAAUGGGAUGGAUAGUUGGUUGACGUUAAUAAUUACUAUAUCGAUUCGGAACAAGAACACAAACAUCCAACAAUUAUGA